AUGGCGCCCUCCAAGGUCGCCCACUUCCUCGCCCUGAACCUGGUCAUCGUGGUAGCCGCGCAUGGCUGCGGGUCGUACUGCGGCAACACACCAGCCAUCCCAGGGCCAACCCUGCCGAUGGCCAUGCCCCCGCCCGUCGUCCCAGUCCCAACCCCGCCGAUGACCGGAGGCGGCAGCGGCACCUGCUCGAUCAACACGCUGAAGCUGAAGGCGUGCGCCAACGUACUGAACCUGCUAAAGCUCAACCUCGACGUGCCGUCGAGCGAGGACUGCUGCCCCCUGCUGAGCAGGCUUGCCGACCUCGACGCCGCUGUCUGUCUCUGCACCGCCAUCAACGCCAACGUCCUCGGCAUCAAGCUCAACGUCCCUGUCGAUCUCGUGCUCCUCCUCAACCAGUGCGGCAAGACUUGCCCCGCCGACUUCACCUGCCCCAGCUGAUCCACCCAUCAUCCAUCGAUCGAUGCAUCAGAAACCAUGCAUCGUCGU